CAAGAGCGUCUUCCUUUUUUGGUACCACAAGGCGCUCGUUCAUAAGGCUCCAGAGACCGCAGUUACACUCACAUAGUCCAGACGCACAAGUCGCAGUCGCAAAAUUUACUCGAAAGCGACGUACACCUCAUCUUCGCAAGCUUCGAGAUCGAGAAUUCGAUUAGACUUUUCUGUGUCUCAGCAGAGUCGAUGGCAAGGUACGUCGCGGCACGUGUUGCCAAACCUUUUGGAGAUUAGGAACUGGCGCUACCGAAUUGCGGAGAGUCACCCCGUCGUGAAACUCCCCUCCGCAACAGGUCCGGAGCUUCGGUUCGCGGUCGCGCAAAUCACGAUGGAAGCACAAGAUUCGCCUUCAAAUGGAUCGAAACGGAAACGUCAACGAGAGCGAAUGUCUUGCUCUGAAUGCCAUCGACGGAAGCAGAAAUGUGACCGAAACAUGCCCUGUGGACUCUGUCGGGCCAGAGGCAAACCCUUCUUGUGUUCCUUUGACGACAGGCCUACUGUCACAGUUGAGCCGAUCAACCAUCACGUUGACAACUUGGAGCGAUUGGAGCACUUCGGCCACACUCCAUCUUCACCCACAGCGGCGGUGAAUAGUGACAGACCAUAUAUGAGGCUGCCGUCUCCCGCUGCGGAUAACAAUGGCGAUAUCGGUGCUUCGAUGAAAUUUGAAGUCGCACUGCAGUCUGUUGGUCUUCCUCUCGGGGCCGAUCCCCUCGACCUGACCUGCAUGCCGGACAAUUCGAAGUGCAGAGGGUUCCUGCAAAGAUUUCUUGACGAGGUCGCAUGGAUCUCACAUCCUUUCUUGGUGCCUCUGAUGCGUCCUCGAAACGACGAACGCAGCUUUAUUUCGACAACUCGCUUGACAUCAGCGGAAUUGAGGCCGCUCGGUCUUCGCUGCGCCAUGCUUGCAGUCGCAUCCCUCUCCCUGGAAUUGGGCUUGGAUGCUCAGAGACUGUACUUUGAAACACGCAAAGUUCUCUUCUACACCGAGCUGUUGGGAAUGUGCGACAUUACGACCGUGGUGACAUGGGAGAUGGCAGUGCGCUUCCUCGUCCUAAGACAUUCAUUUGACGAUGCAUGUAAGGCUGCACAGGAGGCGAUUCGUGUCGCUCUCUCAAUCGACCUGAAUCGAGAUGGCGAUCUUCUAAACAUGGCUCCCAACGAGGUUGAAUAUAGAAGAAGAGUCUGGUGGUCAACAGCAUACAGCGAGCGAUUCCUCUGUACCGCCCUGAACCGACCGUCAAUCAGCGCGGCGGUCUUUUGCGACGCAAAACCUCCCAGCGAAAUCGACUUUGACCUUGUUAAUGCCCACAGCUUGCCCCGAUCCUAUACCAAAUCGGCAACAGUAGGCAGCUCGAUUGACAGACGCUGGCUGCCGAACCCGACAAUUGUAACCAUAGCAAAGUUCCGACACCGAGCGGCGCUUCUUAUGGGACAGAUCUCGCAACUACGUCUGCCGUUUGCCGAGAAUGAAAGAGAAGAUGACACAAUGACACGAGCACAUGCCAUAAAUGGGUCCAUCGAUAGCCUUGAAAACGAAUUGGCGCGAGAUCUCGUCAGCGACGACCCUCUCAGCUUGGAAGCAGCACUUGUCUUUGUCGGUAUCCAUCGCUUCCUGCUCCGAAGCGACCUGUGCUCUAUGAGGAUACUUCUAUAUCGAACCUUUUGGAAGGGUCAACAACGACUUUUCGAUGACAAGCAGAAUCAGAGCAGGACAAAGUGCCUGCAAGCGGCAAAGGACGCUCUGGGGCUUCGAACGAAAUUCAUCGAGCACCAAAAGGUGCUUGAGCGUGAGCUGUCCGGGUGCGAAGAGGCUCUUGCCGGUCCACGUUUCAAUGCUGGCGUGUGGCGCCACGUGAGCCUGUGGCGAUGGCUCAACAACGUUGCAACGCUGGGUUUGGCGGUAUUGGACGAGGAGAGAGGUUCCGGGUCAUCUAAUAGCACCCUGACCAUAAUUACGCCAUGCAAGAACUCUCUGAGGCAAUCUCCUCGGCAUCGUUUUCGCCCGGAGAGCACGCUCUCCUAAAGAGACUUCGGCAAAAACUUUCUUUGCGCGAGCUUUCCAGUGACGCACAUUCGAAUCGGCUCUCGUCGACCGAUGUCUCAGCAGAUGCCUCACAAAUUCUCGACAUGACCUCCGACCCAUUUUCGCAACUGGACGAUGAAUAUAGCUUCUUUUCAGCUCAGCUCCCUUGGCCUCUUCAAUAGGAUGUGCUAUUGGUGGAGACCGAAAUC